UUUCAGAUGAUUAUGGCUUCUUUGGCCAGUAAGGAUUCCUACCUGCAAAGUCUGGGCAGAAAGGUUUGUGCGCAGGAAAGUGCAGCGCCUCGCAAGCGCAAAUUAGAAAUCACUGUUGAUGGUGCUGAAAAUCAGACUGCUGGGAAGAAGAAAAAGAAGAGGAAUAAAAAGCAGCGGAACCUCAAGCACGAUGGUGCCAUGCAGAGAUUUCCCCCCAAAAUGUCUAAUCCCGUCUUCCCAAAGUCCCAGAGGAAAGACGCUCUGCCGAGCUCCUUUUCCACAGUGGAUUUAUUAAAGAAACGGCUACAUGAGAAGAUUGAGGAGUCACGUGGACAAAUUUCCAACAAAUCUCUUUCAGUAGAAGAAAUUGAGAAAGUACGCCAGAGAAGAAAACACGAGAGAGAGAGGAAGAAGCGAAAGAGGAAGGAGCUGAAACUUAAAGCUUCACAGGGGACACAAGAGGGUGAAGCCGCUAAAGUAGAGCAGACUGUAGAAGAAGAUGCAGAAGAGACCCCUCAGAUCCCACUAGUUUUCAAUAAGGUGGAAGUCCAUGACGAACCUCUCAAUAAAAUCCUUCAGAAAAAGGAGAAGAAAGAAAGGGUGAAAGGGAACAUAACGCCCAUGACUGGCAAAAACUACAAACAGCUGCUGAGUCGCCUAGAGGCACAAAAGAAUAAGCUGGAAGAUCUAAGGGCUAAAGACCAAGAGAAAGCUAAGGAGUUUGAAUCAAAAAUUAAAUGGACUAAUGUGUUAUAUAAAGCUGAAGGACUGAAGAUCAAAGACGAUGAAGGAAUGUUAAAAACCGCUCUGAAGCGCAAGGAAAAGCAGCACGAGCAGAGGAAGAAGCGAUGGGAUAAUCGAACGCUGCAGACCACGGAGAGAAUGCAACAGAGGCAAGAUAAGAGGACUCGCAACAUCAAAAAGAAGAAAAUGGCCAAGAUAGAGAAGAAAAAGAACCGAGCACGCAAGAAAGGGCGUGUCAUGCCAGAGGACUUGGCUAAAGCUAAAAUGAAGUGAUUUUAUAUUACAAGGGUUUUAUAUGAUGUCUUGUGUGUAAAUA